AUGGUGCUUAGUUUGGGGAAAAGUCUCUUCGCCACUCCAGCAUAUUCACUGCCUCAGUACCCUGCACACUGGGCCCUGCCAUCUCAGACGUCGGGCGGUAUGGCGAACGGUGGGAGGCGAUCAAAUCUCAGGUUGCUCAGGACGUCAUUGAUUCUGGACCAAGGCGACACACGCACGACUCGCCAUGGAGACUGUCUUAGACUGUGUACUUACAACGCGAGAACAGUUUCCGAAGACGCUGACCUGCAUGCCCUUCUCGGAGCUGCAGAGCGUAUCAAAUUUCACGUGAUUGCUCUGCAGGAGACCAAGUGCAGAAGGAGCGACGUACGACAAAUGGCGGAGGAUCUUUUGAAGUACAGGCAGAAGAAGAUUCUAGAAGCAGCACAAAGAAGAACGAGUCUAAAGAAGUGCCGCAGGGAUCUCCGCGAAUAUAAUAUUCCGCUAGCAACCUUGCUGAGCGAAGAUGGGACUCGCACGUCUUCUCGUCGUGAGAUUGAAAUCAUUACGGAGAGGUUCUACUCGAACCUUUUCCAUUCAUCAACUCCUGUGUCAAGCCCAAUCAUCCCCACUGGCGAAGCUCCACCACGGAUUCUCCCUUCGGAAGUACGAGUCGCUAUCAAGAGCAUGAAGCCUGGCACAGCCCACGGACAUGAUUCUAUAUCAGCAGACUUUCUUCGGGCUGGUGGCCAUCCCCUUCAUGUAAUCUUAGCAGCGCACAUGACAUCCUAUCUUCAGAAAGAAAGGAUCCCAGACCAGUGGAAGACGAACCGUUCUUAUCUAUAA